AUUAUUUAAAACAUACUCUUUAUUAAUAAUCUAAUGAAGUUUAAAUAUACCACCUUUUUGUCUCAUUUUGCGGCUCAUCAUAAGUUAAACAACUACAGCAGGAACACCAUAACAAACUAUACUUCACUUCUUAACUAGUUCUCCCUCCUGCCUUUCAUUUCCUUCCUCACUUCCAUCAUCUUCCAAAUAUAUCCUUUCCUCUCUCUCUUCAUCUCUAUCUAAAUGAAGGGUAAAAGGGGAAAAGGAAUGCUAUGCCGAUCAGAUUCAGCAACGGCGGUGUGCAUUUCCGGUGAUCGGUCAGUGGUGGUGCCAAGAAGAUCAGAUCAUAGAGCUUUGGUUAAUGAUCACUCAAAGUUAAGUGACAUGAAGUAUUCAAGGUUAGUAGCAGACUCUCAAAGCUUCAACAGUCCAAGUUGCCAAAACAAUGGAGUCCUCACCUUGCCUGUUCACUCCAAGAAGAACAAGCAUCUCCCUCUCAACCCUAACCCUAACCCUAACCCUAACCCUAACAAUAUCACCACCUUUCAGGUUGUGGUCAUGAGAGUCUCAUUGCAUUGUCAAGGGUGUGCAGGGAAAGUGAAGAAACACAUUUCCAAAAUGGAAGGGGUGACAUCUUUCAGUAUUGAUUUAGAGGCAAAGAGAGUGACAGUGAUGGGCCAUGUAUCUCCUGAUUGUGUUCUUGAAAGCAUCUCAAAGGUGAAGAAGGCUGAGUUCUGGUCUUGUUAAUUAGACUGCAGCUUUAAUGUAUUUAAUUAAUUAUAUAUAUAUAUACUUUCUUUAA